UGACAGAGUUGUAAUCCAGAUUGUCUAAGGACCGAAGGAAGAAGAAGCUCGAUGAAGAACGAAACGUAUAGAAGGAAGAAACGUUUUCAUUAUCUGCUGGAGUAUUUUAGUGAUGCUGUGUCGUUUUACUGUUUGAGUUAUGUAAUAGGAGUUAGCCGUUAAAUACACUGUUAAGCUUUAAACAGACGAAUGGAAAGCAGCCAAGUGACAUUGCUCUGUAAUCCAUUUCGUCCUUUACUUUUCUGCUGAACUAUAAAAUGCAGAGGAUGACCUCAGGAGAAGCUGAGGAUCAUACCUUCCACAAAACCCUACUAGGUUUUCUCUUAAGCAGGUACACAUUGACACCGGGGAAAGAUGAACAAGAAAUUUGGAGCAGGGAAACCGCCAACAGGCACUCCUUCACUGGCCUGGUCAUGCGUCGUCGUCAUCGCUUCUCUUCUCUCCGGCGCCUCCAUCGUGCACAAUAUCUAUAAACCUGAUCUCACGUUACCUCCGGUGGAGAUUGCUGACACCGCUGCUGAGAAAGAUGAAGUCCAGGGCCAGAAGCAAUGAAACCCUUUUCACGUUGCAGCGACAAUUGAAUCCAACUCUCAGCCUUGGACACUUCGAGCAAGCUAUGAGCACCAUAACCGGAUUGCGGAUUGCCCUUAGCUAUCCCGAGUUCUAAAGGGAUGUGCCGAGAUCUCCCAAACACAACUCUUACUUGUUAUUGGAAAAAGUACGAGAAGACAACUCAAGUAAAUUAUGGGCCGUUGACUAAAGCGUAGCGGCAGACGGGCUUUCAAUUUCAACUGCUGUGUCCUCUAGCGAGUAGCGACAGUGUUUCAGGGGGGAAGCAGAUCGAGUAAGAGAUAAGGUGUUUUCAGAUUCUAAUUUCUCUUCACCGACGCCGGCGGCCAUAGUUGCUCUCACCUGCCAGCUGCUGCUAGACGCUGAGCUCCCGCGUUAUUAAAAGAUGUUUGACGAUCAGGAUCUCGGAUUCUUUGCCAAUUUCCUCGGCAUCUUCAUCUUCCUCCUGGUGAUUGCCUACCACUACGUCGUUGCUGACCCGAAAUACGAAGGCAGCAACUGAGAAUGGAUUUGUCGGCUUUACUUGCAUCCUGUUUAGAUAAGAAGCUUUACUAGAGAACAUUUUACAGCAGCAUAAAAGCUGUUCUUUGCUGCCUAGAUAACAUUCUUGCCUGCCCUUUACUAGAUAACAUUAUCCCAAUCAAUGCAGGACCACCAAUAGUUUCAAACUUUCCAUUGCAUCAUAUGAAUUCUCUUUCACGACAUCACAGUUUCACCAUGCACUACUCCUUUUUGGGGAGAUCACAUUUUAGAACAAUCUCUUUGCUUCUGUACAUGCAUACAUUCUCUGUGAUGUUGAUGCAUCACUAUUGCAGUCUCCGGAACUUCGGUUUAGAACUCUUUCCAGGUUGGUUAUGGUCACUGCAGGUCUGUAAUUGUCUGGGAAAGGUCUUGCCCGUGGGGAAGGGUUAG